AUGCUUAGCGACAGAACGUCGGAACAUGUCUACAAAGGCCGUGACCCGAUCUUGCUCUCCAACCUCAUUCUCUCCCCACAGCAUUCGAUCUUGACCCAGUCUUACGAUUCCCGCCUCCGUCUCGACACGCGGCGGCCGCACAACGGAGACGGCUUUGGCAUUGGCUACUACACACCACCCUCUUUAGGCUCAGAUCCGUGCAUCUUCACCUCCACAAUUCCAGCAUGGAAUUGCGUCAAUCUAUCUCGACUUGCCUCGAAGACUCAAUCGUCUUUAAUAUUUGCACAUGUGAGAGCCACAACGGAAGGAACCCUGUCAGACGCCAACUGCCAUCCCUUUUGUUAUGGUAACCUCAUGUUCAUGCAUAAUGGUGGUAUCGCGAACUGGACGCACGUUAAGCGAACCCUAGCCUUUGAGAUUGGUGAGACUUGGUUCAACGCAGUUCACGGCAGCACUGACAGUGAAUGGGCAUUCGCUCUGUUCCUUGAUUGCCUGGAAAGGGAUGGCUACCAUCCAGACACUGAGGAAUUUAGCAGGAGUGGCUUCGGCCAUAUGACGUUGAGAAAUGCCUUAUUGCGUACCAUAAAGCGGAUCAACUGCUUUGUCACCCAGAGCCAGAUACCUCACAGCGAGGAGGAAGGCGUUGACGGCAGAAGCCUGCUCAAUUUCGCCGUCACGGAUGGACAUACUGUUGUAUGUACGAAGUACGUGAGCAGCAAGACAGACGAGGCAGCAAGCCUGUACUUUUCGAGUGGCACGAACUGGAAAUUCACUGGCGACAAGGGGCAGUUCAAGAUGGAAAGAAGGGACAAGGGUGCCGACAUUGUCUUAGUAGCGAGUGAGCCAUUGACAUUUGAGCGAGGUAUGUGA